AUGAUAAAGAGAAAUGAAAGAUUAAAAAAAUAAAUAGCACCUUCUAGAAAUUAAGGUUAAAAUAAUAAAGCGUGUUUAAAGCCUCAAGUCUUUUAAUUUCCUUAAUUAAUGAAUAAAACUACUACAUUUUCUGAAGCAAUAAGAUUUUAAGGUUAAAUUCAAUAGCCAUUUACUCCUGAGACAAUGAUUCGUUAAUCUAUCAAUAAACCUAGAAUGAUUGAGUAAUAAAAAAUAAAAAACAAUUAUGGAGUUUAACGUUUUUCAGCAAAGGUAGUUUCAAAGCAAUAAAAUGUUAAGGAACCAGUCAUAAUAAAAAUAACAACUAGUAAGAAUCAUUAAAUUGUUUAACAUUUAGAAGAAUAAAGUGAAUAUUAAUUAAGUGAAUUAGGAACAUUUGAUGAUUUAAUUUAGCAAAUUUAAGAAAGAGUAUUGGCAAAAAAUUCAAAUAUUUUAUAAUUAGCAAAAGACAUUUGUUAAAUAGAGACUAUUGAUUUGAGAGCUUUAUAAUGUAUACCAUAAUUAAUUAAACAUCUUGUGAUUUCAUCAGUUUAAUAAUAGCUACAAAUAUCUUAAAUAUUAUCUAUUUUAUUUACAUUAAGUGAAGAAAUAAUAACUAGAGAUGAUCUUGAUGAAUCACUUUUAGAAAUAAUUAAAGUUUAUUUAUAGAAAGGAUACGAAUCUAAUCUGUAAAUGAUUGUUAUUUUUAUUAAACGAUGUGGAUAGAUGAUUUAUUAUAUUAGAUCCAAUAAAUAAAGAGUAUUAAGUGAAAUGAUUAUAACUUUAUUAUUAAAAUUCAAUGGAUCAAACUCAUUUGAAGAAUUACCACUUAAAUUAGCAUUUAAUAUAAUAUUGAGACAUAAAUAAAUGAGAUUAUACAUAAAAGACAAUUAAGAUAUAAUUAAGUUAAAAUAACCAUCAAUUAUAGAUUAACUUUACAGAUUUAAGAUUAAAAUCAAUUGA